AUGCCUUCGCGCUGGCUUGCUCAAGGCGAGGUCGCCCCGGGUACAAUCAUCCAGCUGAUGAAAGCUAAGUGGUUAGUCCACGAGAAAGCUAAUGAGCACUGCUUCCAGCUUAACGAGGACGAUCUGCGGGACAGACAUGACCCCUCCUUUGCCUGUACUCGUCUCAUCUGCGAAGCACGUGGACCGAAUGGGCCUGUUCAGGGUCAUAUGCGUUAUUAUAAGCAGAUCCCCAUUGAAGGGACGGAAGCCGAGCCUUCUAUCAUACGAGCCAAGCAAGCAGAAUCCUUUAGUCCACCGGAACUAGUGUACCUACGCACUUUGGCCCAGAAGGGAUCAACCAUCACCCCCCGUCUGCUGGACAGCAGAGAAGACAAGCAGGAUAAUACUGGCUUUGUUCCCGGUGGAUUCGUCAUUUGGGUUGUGUGGGCAGUGGUACCAGGACUCCAACUGGGUAAUGAUUUUGGUUCUGCACCAUUCUGGGGGUUGAGUCGGAAAGAGCGGGAUGCAGUGCGUCAAGCUUUCAAAGACAGUAUCAAGUUUGUCAUCCUAAUGCCUUUCCUAGUCGCUCAUUUUGACUGA